GUGGUUGGUCACUUUUGACCCAAUCCUCAGAACUUAAUACUACUUCUGUGUUAGCCACUGCUGUAGUAUCAUAAUUACUUCUGUGAUCAUAAUUCUCUGAGUGUGAGACUGUCUACUAAGUACCAACAGGUCGUCAGACAGGUAAGAUGUUCACGAAUAAGGUUAUACUUAUCACCGGCGCAAGUUCUGGGAUCGGAGCGGACACUGCCGAAGAGUUUUCGAAACUAGGAGCAAACAUUAUAAUAACAGGAAGAAACAAGGAUAAUCUAGACAAAGUUGCUACAAAAUGUGAAGAAGCUUCACCAAAUAAACUGAAACCGUUGCUGAUUAUUGCUGACAUGAAUAACGAAAAUGAUGUAGAAAAUAUAAUUAAAACCAGUGUUAAUCAUUUUAAUAAGCUUGACGUUUUAGUAAAUAAUGCAGGUGUACUAGAAUCUGGAUCAAUAGAAACGACUUCUCUUGAACAGUAUGAUAGAGUAAUGGGCACUAAUGUACGAAGUCCAUACCAUUUGACCAUGUUAGCUACUCCGCAUCUGGUUAAAAGCAAGGGAAAUAUUGUAAAUGUUUCAAGUGUAACUGGCAUGAGAUCUUUUCCAAAUGUUCUUGCCUAUUGUAUGUCUAAAGCGGCAUUAGAUCAAUUUACCAGGUGUGUUGCAUUAGAACUGGCUCCAAAAGGUGUUCGUGUUAAUGCUGUAAAUCCUGGGGUCAUAGUUACUGGUUUACACAAAAAAGAUGGAUCGAUGAAUGACGAACAAUAUGAAGCUUUUUUAAAGAAAUGUGCUGAUACACACGCUCUCGGUAGACCAGGUGAAACAAAGGAAGUAUCUGCAGUCAUUGUAUUCUUAGCUGGUGAAGGUGCCAGCAAUAUUACUGGAGCUACAAUACCUGUUGAUGGUGGUCGUCAUGCCAUGUGCCCUCGUUAAAGUGAUUUCACAUUGAACCCCUCUUUUUUGUAUAAAAUAGUAAUAAAAUUAUAACUUAAUAAACGAUA